GAUGGGUCAUCUAUAUAGUUCCUAACGCCUCUCCCUUACCUUACAUGCAUUACAAUUUCUCUCACACCCAUUUCUUCAUUUAAAACCUCAUUCUCCCUAAAUCUUUCCACCACCCUCUCUCUCUCUCUCUCUCUCUCUCUCUCUCUCUCAAAACAAAACCAAAACCAUGGUUGUUUUAUCUAAGCCAACAUUAAACAAUUUCUUACUUGUAAAGUCAUCAUGCAAACCAACAACAACUAUGUUAAAUGGAAUACCAGUCGUCGACCUUGCAGACCCGGAAGCAAAAACACUUAUAGUAAAUGCUUGUAAAGAAUUUGGAUUCUUUAAAGUUAUAAACCAUGGUGUUCCAUUAGAACUUAUGUCAAAUUUGGAAAAUGAAUCACUUAGAUUCUUCAAAAAACCACAAUCAGAGAAAGACAGAGCAGGUCCUCCUGAUCCUUUUGGUUAUGGAAGUAAGAGAAUUGGAUCAAACGGUGAUGUUGGUUGGGUUGAAUAUAUUCUUCUUAAUACUAAUCCUGAUGUUGUCUCUAACAAAUCUCUUUCCAUUUUCCGUGAAAAUAGACAGAAUCUAAGGUCUGCUGUGGAAGAUUACAUUGAUGCAAUGAAGAAAAUGUGCUGUCUAGUAUUAGAAUUAAUGUCUGAAGGAUUAGGUAUUGAACCAAAGAAUGUAUUAAGCAGAUUAUUGAAGGAUGAAAAAAGUGAUUCUUGCUUCAGAAUAAACCAUUACCCACCGUAUCCUGAGGUGCAACAAGCAGCAUUAAAUGGAAGGAAUGUGGUUGGGUUUGGGGAGCAUACAGACCCACAAGUAAUUUCUGUCUUGAGAUCUAAUAGCACAUCAGGUCUGCAAAUCUGUCUAACUGAUGGAACAUGGGUUUCUGUUCCACCUGAUCAUACUUCCUUUUUCAUCAAUGUUGGUGAUACUCUUCAGGUAUUGACUAAUGGUAGGUUUAAAAGUGUAAAGCAUAGGGUUUUGGCUGACACAACAAAAUCAAGAUUGUCAAUGAUAUACUUUGGAGGACCACCCUUAAGUGAAAAGAUAGUGCCUUUACCUUCUUUAAUGUUAAAAAAAGAAGAGAGUUUGUACAAAGAGUUCACGUGGUAUGAAUACAAAAAGGCUAUGUACAAUUCAAGGCUGGCUGAUUAUAGACUUGGGCCUUUUGAAAAAUCUUAUGGCAAAUGAUGCAACAAAAAAAAAAAAAUCUGAAUUUUGGCACAUGAUAUUUGGCCUUUCUUUUUGGGUGUUAUGCAUUUGGGAUUCCAAUAGUUGACUCUACUUUUUUGACAUAUAAAUAUAUAUAGAAAGUGAAUAGGUUGUUUAAUUAUGAUGUUAUUCUAUUUUAUUUUUUGUACUUCUUUUUCUUGUUUAAUUGAAAUGUAAUAGUCACUAUUACUUUAUAUAUUGUUAUUGCAAUGAAAAUCUAAGUAAUAUUUUAUUGUGUUA